AUGGGUUAAAUUUUACAAGGAGGCGAAAAAGAGUUGAGUGGGUUGGGUGAUUAAAACUAGUGUUGACAUGGCCCGUAGGUUGGAGUCUAUUUCAAUUCCGUAUUGACAUUGAGGUAAUUCAAGUCAGUGUGCAAGGGAGAUCUAGGACAGGAUUAAAUGUCAAGCAAUGUGGCUGUGUAUUCUACAUGAUACAGCUAAAUAUCAUUCAUCAUUUUAGCAAGACAAAGCCAAGUUGUAGAAAGACCUCAAAAGUGGAGACAGUGGAGUAAGAGCUGUCAACACUGAACUAGAUCUAUAAGGAAACCUCGUUUGCGGGAAAAGUGAAAAAAGAAGUGUCUAAAGUUUCAGACGACAAAAAUAGCCAGUAAGGCUAAAUACAUCAGCAGGACGCAAACUUCGAGUUGGAUAUUGAUUUAAGAAGUGUGCAGGAACGCAGCGUCUGCUAUUUUUGUUUGCUUUCACUUUGAGAGGAGAGAGAGUGUGCAUAGGGGAGGCAAUUAUUCCUAAAUAAAUCACUGUGAUUACUUUGUUUCAAAGAUUUAAAAAAAAAGGUGAUAUGGCUUCUGGUAGAGCAGAACAAUUCAUGACGAACUGGACUUCAGAUGUGUUCAGAGACCGCUGUGUGGCACAAAUUGACUCAGCAUUAAGCCAGUCAAAACCAAGGAGUACUUCUACAGAUCCUGUAGAAAAGUUUCUGGCACAAAAAUCCAGUAAAGAAUUGGAAGAAUUUGUUUUCAGUCAAGCUAAAUCAAGGGAAGAUUAUGUUUCACUUAUAGCUGAGAUGUUGAUGAUGUUACGACAACACGGAGGGAAGCCAAUGGUAGAUGCUGAAGUCCUUGCGGCUGCACCGCCAGAAGUGUUGGAGGCAGCAGGCAUUCCAUCAGACUUUCUUAAUGGCCAGACCCAUGAAGACAAACCUGAGACUGAGUGAUAUCAUGGUCAACAAAUGUAGACAAUAGGGUUUGCUUUUGUGUCAUUUCAUUAUGUUCCUUUUACCAUCUUACAAGAAUACCUUUUUUGUACCUUUCAUCUUAUUUUCUGAAGCUUGCAAACCGAGAUGGAAGAAUGAUACUGGUACAAUUCAAAGUUUGGCCUUAUACUUUUGUGUGUGUGUGUGUGUGUACCAGGUAGUAGGCUUAGUUGUUUUUGUUUCUAGACAUUUGAUGAACAAAGGCUUAUAGAAAGAAUAGUUCUAUUCAUAAAGAUUGCACUUGUGUUACUAUUGAUGUUACAUUUUGUUUCUCCUUUGUGAUAUACCGUACUUGAUUGUACAUUCAUUUUUGUAUGCUUUCUGAACAUGUAAUUCAUAUAGUAUUUUUAUGUUAGUAUGUUUUAAUUCAUAUAUUUUUAUGUGUUUCAUAUUUUGUGCAUUUUGCAAUUUCUUUGAGGUUUUGAUUCAUUAGUACUUGCAUAAGCUUAGUAGCUCUAAUUUGGUAUUACCUAUGACUUACAAGAAUUCAUGUAAUGUAUUUUAAUGUACCUCUCCUAUAUUACAUAUUAAGGAAAUCAUUUCAAAUUGAAAACUUAAACAAGUUGACCAUUUCAUUACAACUAAUUAAUCUGCAAAUCACUGGCAUGAACAGCUUGAAUGUUUUAAUUAUUUUCCUAUAUAAAAGAUCAUCUCCAAUUUAAAAGAAAAUAGAUAACAACCAUUCACACUGAAAUGGCUAAAUGCUUGACUAUUUAUGAAGAUUUCUAGUGUCUGUAGAACAUUUAAGUGUUAAAACAAAAACAAACUUUUAAAUUGUCCAUCAUUCAUACAACAUUUGAAUACAUGAACAAAAUCUAAUCAAAUACUCCGAAAGACACAAAGAUAGAGGCACAUUCCUCGUUCCAUAUGCUAGGACAAAUUUGUACAAAUGCUCCUUCUUCCCCAGUGCUAUUAGAGCAUGGAAUGGGUUGCUUGAGCAGUGACUGGCAGAAUUUAAAUCAUUGGUUAAUAUGCAUGACGUGUAGGAUGUAAUCUUCUUUUUUGAAGUACCGGUAACGUCUAUAUUAUAUAAGAUAAAAUUUAAACAGAGGUAUAAAUUAGUGUUAAUUUAAAACACUGUUAGCUACAUUGAUAACAUUAUAACUUUCAAAUUCUACAGCUGGUACAACUAAUUCAAUUUCCACUUACCCUUAAGUAAAACAAGGCUCUAAAUUGCUAUUUUUCAUUUUAAAUUAAAGAAAUUUUAAAAUUCAAGAGGCAUUGUCUGCUUUUUGUUUUGAGUACUGGUACUUUUUGUAAUAUCUUGACUGCUAAAUUAACCUACAUAGGACUUUUCAUCACUGACUUUCAUUUAUUUAAAUAUGUAGAUUUUAUUUUCAAAGAUAAAUUGUAUUAUGAUUAAUUUUUUAUUAUUAAUAACUUUAUAGCUGGAGGUCCUCUUAUAGAAUAUUAUGUUGUCAUUAUUGGCUACUCUCAGUGGCACAUUGACUGGUUAUCUCAUAGAGCACUUCAAGUAAAGCCUUUACUUCAGAGUAAAUUUUAACUGAAAGUCUACAAAACCCAUUCCUUUCAACUCAGCCUGAGGUUGAAAUAUACCGUACCAGUAUAAUAAAACUAGAUUAAAACAAAUGCAAUUAUUAAAGUUAUUAAUCGAAAUUUUGUUGAUAAUUGGGAAAACAAAUGUCACUAGUAAAAUAAUAAUAAAAAUAAUAAAUAAUAAUAAAAACUCAAGAGAAAAAAAAAAAGCAAACUAGUAAGAUAUUGGUAUACAUAAUUGAAAACAUGACUAUUGGUAGGUACCUGUACAUAAAACUGUACAAUCCCAAUGGUAUACAGAUAUCACACUGUACAAUCCCAGGUACGGUAUACAGAUAUCACACUGUACAAUCCCAGGUAUACAGAUAUCACACUGCCAAUACACUACUUCCCAUCUUUUCCCCUUCUUAACUGACCAUUCCACUCUUUGACAACUCUCUCUUCAUGUGUAAUAUUGACAUAGCUGGAUGAUAUUUAUAAAAACAAAUAUUUGCAUUUGUAAAUUUGUUUUCAAUGGUUGUGGAAAAAAUAUUUUUGUUUUAGGGUGCUAACCUAUGGUUUUUUAUUUUCACUGACAUAUUAGGGAAGUAUUUUCUGUAUUUUAUUCUUUAGAAUAUCAAAAUGUGUUGUUAAUGCAUUUAGGAUUAGAUCUCUGAUCCUUCAGUCUGUGCAUGUGUUGGAAGAGAAAGGCUGUAAACAAAUAUUGCAUGUUUUGUUCAAGUCUCUCAGAAUUCUUCAAAAUUAA